AUUCAAUCAUCUUGCCGCUCAAUCAGGAGGAAACCGGGUUGAAGCUGAAUGUGAACUUGAAUCUUCACCCUCUUGAUUCUCGCAAUGGGCGUGCACCAUCUUGCAUCUCACAAUGUGGAUUCUCGAAUGCGACGGUCCGCUCUUUCAUAACAAAAGGUUAUGGCUGCGGCCGGGCACGUCGCAUCUCUUCGGCCGGACAAAGCAGGCGCCCUUGCGAAACACCGAGUCAUACGUCCUCGAUGCAAAGUCGGUCUCUAAAAAGCAUCUGAAACUGUCUAUUGCUGCUGUCAAGGCCGGUUCUGGCUCACAGCUGCACACCCGUACCGAGGCCAUUAUUGAGGACUUCUCCAAACUAGGCACAAUCAUCGACGGUGAGAAGAUUUGCCAGACAACAAAAGUGCUGAAAGGCACCGAGCAUGUCAUUCGGGUCGCCAAAUACGAGUACGCCUUGAGGCUGAAAUGGCACCCUGUCGUCUUCAGCGUCGCCAAUUUGACCAAGGCUGAAAAGUCAGCUGCCGAUCCUCUCUCGUGGUUCCGCUCACGGCUCGAACCGCUCGACAUCAAAUUUGUAAACGAAUACAUUGCAGGCCAAACAACCCAUGUGGUAGCUCCAAAGAGAAACAUUCCUGCUGUACUGCAGGGCCUUAUACACGCUAGGCAUGUCGUCACGAGGGACUUCGUCGACGCUGUGGUUCGCGCUGCAACGGAAGAGCCAGCAGCAGAUGGUGUGAGUGAGCCUAGAGCACCCCUCGAGAAAGAUUUCGACGGCGCCUGGCCAAAUGCUAUGAACUAUGUCCCUCCAGUGGCGGGGGAGCCUGUCAAGCGUGAUGCCAGCUUCCUGACCCCGAAUCACGGGCGAACGAACAUAUUCCACGGAUUUACCUUCGUAUUCUGCAUGAAGUCCCAAUUUGAGCAGCUACAGCCUGUCAUUGAAGCAGGAGGGGGAAAGGCCAUUCUAUAUGAGAGUUUUGAAGAGGGGAGAAUGAAUCCCCAUGAAUUUGUAACUUUCGUGAAGAGCGUAGCAGGCGACAAAUCUCCGGGCGAAAUUUCACAUUCCGGCGAAGGAAAAGGCGUUGUGGUCGUUCGCAUAACCACCAAAAAUGCCGAAUGGGAUGCUGAAUUCGUGCAAGAGUCGGAUCGCCAGCUCAACCAACGCUCCAUCGAGCAGAAGGAGUUACUAGAUCCUAUUUUGACUUUAGACACGUCUGGACUUCGCAGGCGACUUAUGGAGGAGAUCGAUCUGACAUCUACAGCUUUAUCGACAGCCCCUGAGUCCGAACAGAGAGCAGCUUCUAAAAGCGAUCUAAUUUCUGGAAUUACAAGCGGCCGUGCGGUAAGAGUUGAGCCUCAAACACAGGCCAAGCGAAUACUCAGGAUACCAGUCACGCAAAGUCGAUUUCGAGGUUUUGAUGACUUCGAUGAUGAGUCCGAGCUUAACCUCGCGCCUGGGACUGCAACGAAAUCCAUGCCACUUAACGACAUUACUGUCACAGAAGAGACUGUAGGUCAACCUUCAAGUGCUCCAGCGCAAGUUACCCGUCGAAAUGCAGAGACGAAUUCACGUAAAAGGCCGACUCCAGAACCAGAUAGUGUUGAAAUGAUGGCUUCCAUCUUACCCGCUGCAGCAGCAAUGAAACGGCGUCGCAUCAACCAACCGGAAAGAACAUCUGAAGAUCAUGCCGAAAAGGAUACCAAGCCCAUACGUCCUAGAAAGGAGCAAGAGUUUGACGUUCUUGAUGAAAUAAAAAGGAGACGGGAUGAGGAAGAGCGACUAGCUCGUGAAGAUUCUGAGCAAUUAAAAGAAGCUAUCGAAGGUAUGGACAUCCAAGGACCUGCCAAUCUCGUGCAGAUAGAGGAGAUGGAGGUUACUUGCUCACACUCUGCGUCUCUUUCACGCUUGAGCCGUGCUUCCAGCGAGCGAUGGGACGAGCGAUGGAAUGGACUUCCUAACUUCAAACGCUUCCGACGAAAGGGCGAAGAGCGUCCUGUGAGGCGGGAGAGAGUGAUCGUUCCCGUGGAAGAGACACGCAAGAAAGACUUUGGCAUUGGGGAUGACUAUUGGCUUGAGCCUUCUUCAAGGCAGAAAGAUCAAACCCCGCGUGAGUCCCAAGUACAGAGCCAGACCCUGCGUAAUCAACGUGGCGAAGAUGAUUCCAAGGAAGAAGAUGAAUUGCGGUUCCACAGGCUCGUGAAAAGCAAGACAACACAGGAAAGUGCAAUCACAGAACCAGAUGUAGUCGAGAUCAUAAAGGAAAGCGGGAACACGGCCCUAAGUGCGAGUCUGCCAUCCACAGCUCAUAGCACAAGCGGUGCUACUUCUCUGGCAGCUAGUCUAAGAAAGAGACCUGCGCCUGAACCGGCUAAUGCACCGCCUGCGAGAAAGAAAACGAAGCCAGCUUGGGCAAGAGACGAGAGCGAGGAGGAUGAAGAUGAACUCGCGUUCCCGAGGGCGAGAAGAGGGGCGCGAAAGAGGUGAGGCUGAUUUGCCUCACGAUAGAAAUGUUCAUCAUCUAUACUCAGACGUGAUUAGGUUUGUGUGAAAGCGCCUCUGGUUCCAUGUGCAGUUUCACUUUCAGCGUCCGAAAACGUUGUUCAUUCGACGAGCGCUCUUUGAGCGUCUCCGUAAACCAAGCCAGCAUUUCCCUGUACCCAGCAUCAUUUCAUGAAGCAAAAUUCCAACAUUUGAUAACGAAACCCCAUAACCUCUACAUUACUU